AUGUCAUUUAACAGAAACGAUGACCAAGAUGAGGUAAUGGAAGUUACUGAGAAACAAGUUGAAAUUGAUAAUAACUUUAUGUCACCACCUCCAAGUAAGACCGAGAACAAUGUACAGACCAAAUCAGCCAAUCCUACUUUUACACCAUUUCAACAUUCUUCAGAGAAUAUACCUUCAACACCACAAAGUGUGACACAAUCUCAUUUAUCGGGAGAAGUGACACUUACUCCUACUCAUAGAUCAUUUACACCCCAAGCUCAGUCAUCAAAUCCUCACAGUUCCAUGAGUGCAAUUACACCAAUGGCCAGUGCAGUUAAUCAAGCAAAAAGCAGUAUUAAGUUUCAAAAUUGUGUUUCUACUGUCAGUUUGGGUUGUGAAUUAAAGUUACUAGACAUUUAUUGCCGAACAAGAUAUUCUGAAUAUAAUCCUGCAAGAUUUCAUGGAGUGGUAAUGAAAAUUCUAGAGCCAAGAGCAACAGCGCUAGUUUUUAGGUCUGGUAAAAUAGUAUGCACAGGUGCAAGGAAUGAACACGAUUCUUAUAUUGCGGCAAGAAAGUUUGCGAGGAUUAUUCAAAAACUAGGUUUUCCUGCUAAGUUUUUAAAUUUUAAAGUACAAAACUUUAUUGCAACAGCAGAUUUAAGAUUUCCAGUAAGACUUGAAGCUCUGCAACAAGCACAUGGUCAAUUCACAUCAUAUGAGCCAGAAUUGUUUCCAGGUUUAGUGUACCGAAUGAUACGACCAAGAGUUGUUCUCCUUAUAUUUGUUAAUGGAAAAAUAGUAAUUACAGGUGGUAAAACUAAGAAUGAAGUUUUUGAAGCAGUAGAUAUAUUACAUCCAAUUCUAAGAAGCUUCAAGAAGAAU